CCGACAACCUCAUCCACUACGGCUCCUCUCCACCCCCCACCGAAGCCCUCUCGCACUCUGCUCAGCUCCAGCCCGCCUCACUCUCGAUAGCAAUCCGCGCUGCGCUUGCGGUCCCCCCUCUCCCAUACGCAUAACGCCGUACAAUGACCCAGAACCGGCCAUCGGCCUUCUCCUCGCUAAGAAUGGGUGAAGUAAUCCGCGAAAAGGUCCAGGACGGCCUGACGGGCGACUACAAAGACCUCGCAUACACGCAGUGCAAAAUUGUCGGCAACGGCUCCUUCGGUGUAGUCUUCCAGACCAAGCUGUCACCCAGUGGUGAAGAUGCUGCCAUCAAGCGUGUGUUGCAGGACAAGCGCUUCAAGAACCGCGAACUCCAAAUCAUGCGCAUUGUCCGCCAUCCCAACAUUGUCGAACUCAAGGCCUUCUUCUACAACAACGGCGAGCGGCCACAGAAGGACGAGGUCUACCUGAAUCUCGUGCUGGAAUUCGUUCCCGAGACCGUUUACCGGGCGUCGCGCUACUUCAACAAGAUGAAGACGGUCAUGCCCAUUCUCGAAGUCAAGCUGUACAUCUACCAGCUCUUCCGCUCGCUCGCCUACAUCCACUCCCAAGGCAUCUGCCAUAGGGACAUCAAGCCCCAAAACCUCCUUCUGGACCCAUCGACUGGUGUGCUGAAGCUGUGCGAUUUCGGAAGUGCCAAGAUCCUGGUAGAGAACGAGCCAAAUGUGUCGUACAUCUGUUCCAGGUACUACCGCGCGCCCGAGUUGAUAUUUGGAGCGACAAAUUACACCACCAAGAUCGAUGUCUGGUCCACAGGUUGCGUCAUGGCAGAGCUGAUGCUCGGACAGCCACUGUUCCCGGGAGAGUCGGGCAUCGAUCAGCUGGUAGAGAUCAUCAAGGUGCUGGGAACGCCAACGCGAGACCAGAUCCGCACCAUGAACCCCAACUACAUGGAACACAAGUUCCCGCAGAUCAAGCCUCAUCCGUUCAGUAAGGUUUUCCGGAAGGCCGACCCUAGCGCCAUCGAAUUGAUCUCCAAGCUGCUCGAAUACACCCCCACUCAGCGUCUGUCGGCCAUCGAUGCCAUGGUGCACCCCUUCUUCGAUGAGUUGAGAGAUCCGAACACGCGCCUGCCAGACUCGCGCCACCCCAACGGGGCCACUCGUGAUCUGCCUGAGCUGUACAACUUCACUCAUCAUGAACUCUCCAUCGCUCCUCACCUCAACGCCCAGCUGGUCCCGCCGCACCACCGCGCGACACUGGCUGCGCGUGGUCUUGACUUUGAAUCGCCGAGUUUCAAGCCAUUAACAAAGGACCAGAUGAUAGCAAGGCUAGAUUAA